AUGGGCGCUGCGCCCGAUUUAACCGAUUUACCGUCUUCUAUUUCAAACACCGAUCCACUCGAUGCUUUACCACCACCUUACACAGAGCAUGAUACGCAGACUGCGGCUCAAGCCCCCCAACAUGACACACCAUCCUAUAAUGAAUCUCCCAGUACAUCUGCAACCACCAAAUUCCCACCCGCCAUGAACGGAUACUUUCAAUGGAAACUUACAACCACAUUCCACCUUGGGCCGACCGCGGAAGAAAAGCUGUACGCGGUGUCAGCCCCCGCGAAUGUUUUCAAUAACAAACCCACGGUUGUGCUACACGAUGGCCCAACUAAUAAGCACCCAGUAAUGGCAACGGCCCAAGGCGACAAGUGGGGAAGGAGCAGGCCCAUCGCAAUUACCCUCCCACCUCGUCCAGGAGCUCAACAUGCAGAUGCUAUCGUGGCACAGGUCGUUCCUGUUGGAUCGCUGAAGCAUACUUCACCUAGCUACACGUUCGAAAUAGCCGUGGGACCGAAGGGAACAACACCCGAGAGAUUCGAGUGGCGUAAGAGCCAUGGUAACGAAAUCAAAGAACUCGCCGGCCAUUCCUAUGGAUGGAAACUGGUGCGGUUGACAGGACCGGUGAAUAGUGUAGGCGGGAGCAGGAAGGAGCGCGAUCGGGGUUAUACGAGCGAUGGGUUGCAGAUUGUGGCUCUCAUCGCGCAUAACGCUUCUUGGAGCAUGACGAAAGGGUUUCGAUUUGCCUUCAUGGGCGUAGGCUUGACUGGUACUAUGGGAGAAAAUUGGGAGAUUGUUGUGGUGACUUCUGCUCUCCAGGUGUGGUUUAUAGACGUGCAAGGCACAGCUGCUACUGCCGCUACUGCAAGUGCUGGCACCAGUUAA